ACCCGAGCGCAACUCCUUCCUCCUGUGCCCGCAAACUCCUUUCGUCCCCAACCUUCGUUCUGCUAGGGUUGGCGCCGCCAGGCUGCUCCCCGCCGCCGGCCGCCGCUGCUGCUCACCACGGAAGCAGGACACCGCCCUGACCCGGCUGCCCUCCUCAUCGUCUCCUCCUCGCCCGGCCGCCCCUCCCCAAGUCCUUCCCCGGCCGCCCUCCUGCUCGAAUCCUCCCUGGCCGGCCCUCCUUUCCCUCCGCCCGGAAGCAGGCCGCCACCACCGCGCCCAGCUGCCCCGUCUCCUCUGCGGCCAGCCACCACCGCGCCUGCUGCUGUGACCUGGAGCUUAUGCUACAAGUAAUCCAUGCUUAGUAUUUGUUGAGCAUUGAGGGUGCUUGAGAUAAAGAUGCUGAAGAACAUCUUGAGUCAGUCAUGGAGGAGGGGAGCGCAUGUCCUACGGGAAGGGCAUCCAGCUGAAGCAAUGUAUGCUUGUUCAAGUCAAUUUCACAGCGGGCAGGUGUUGAGGUCGGCGAGGAGCUUCUUUGGCGUGGAGGACUUCAUGGACGAGGACAACAGCAAGCCCUACACGUACAAGAAGGAGAAGCGGUCCAAGAACCCGCACAAGCACAUCUCGUUCAAGCAGCGGACGAUCGCGCACAUGGAGCCCUUCACCCUGGAUGUGUUCAUCUCGAAGCGGUUUGUGUCGGCGUCGCUGACCCACCGGUCGACGUGCCGGCAGGUGGCGGUUGCGGGCACCAACUCCAAGGACGUGAAGGCGGCGCUGACGUCGCGGUCGGACGUGCCGGCGUGCCUGUCAGUGGGGUGGUUCCUGGCGGAGCGGGCCAAGGAGGCGGACGUGUACGCGUGCACCUACACGCCCCGGGAGCGGGACCGGUUCGAGGGCAAGAUCAGGGCCGUCGUGCAGUCGCUCAUCGACAACGGCAUCCACGUCAAGCUCUACCUCGACUGAUCCUUUCUCUUUUUUUGCUGGUGUGUGUCUGUUGCCGCUCUGCUUUCUACGCCUGCUGCUGAGGAAGAGUGUUGGCUUGGUUGAAUGCGCUGUGACUUUUGCGGAUGUCCAAUGUCUGUUGCAAGAAAUUUCGCAGACUUUUCACGGCUUUACCAGGGUAGCUCUUCUCCGUGUGAAGAUGUCAACCACACUUGACAUUUUGGUGCCUUGUUUUCUACUAGUAGGAGUACCAUUUCUGUUGUUAA